GAAUAAUCCUUUGCUAUUUAACUAUUAUCUGUAAAAGUUUCAAGAGUGUCGGAUUGGUACAUCAUAGUUAAAAAAAAAUAAAACCAAUGCAACGCCCCUUCAUAAGGCAAAGCCAGGCUGAACGUCAGAGGCGCUCAACUUAACCGACCAACCUAGGGAAAUACGUUGCGUCGACCCGCCACGUUUCUCAUACCAGAGACAGCUCUCAGAAAACAAAAGAGAACUUUUAGAAAAAUGUGGGUGCAUCCAAGUUUACUAACGAGAAAAAGUGAAGGCAAAUAUUAUACGCUGUAUCGUCAUCUAAUGAAAGAUGAAGAAAAAUUUAUUAAGUACUUUAGAAUGGAUUUUCGUACAUUUGAAAUGGUACUUACGAAAAUUGAGAAGAAAAUUUUGAAGAAAAAUACCACGUUUCGAGAAGCUAUUUCUCCAAGACAAAAAUUAAUGGUAUGUCUAAAAUUUUUAGCUACUGGAGAUUCCUAUCAAACGAUUGCUUUUAAAACGUCUUGGUCAUUCAACCGUACGAAGUAUUUGUCUUGAAGUUUGUAGAGCAAUUAAUGAAAUAUUAUUAGCUGAAUAUAUUCCAACUCCAAGUAAAGAGAAAUGGUUAGAAACAGCUAAUGAAAUGUGGACUAUGUGAAAAACGUUACGAAGUAGUGCGGAAUAUUACAUGUUUUUCACCUGUGCAACGUGACAGUGAAUAAAAAUGUUUAUUUACAUGAACGAAAAUUCUGUGAAAGGUGAUAGUGACCGUGUGGUUGAGUGGGUUCAAUGAUCUUGUCUGGAGAUCAGCUGUUCUUCGAAAGUUUAGGAUCGACACAGUGACCCAGUGAGAAUUAUCUGCUUUUAGCAUAGCAGGUUAAUUUAGGAAC